AUGAGAAUUUUGUUAACUUUUGUGGUAUUCAUUUGUUUUUCACAAAGUGCUUUGGCCUUUCAACAAUCACUGGAUAAACUAAAACGAAGAAAACCGGAUAAAAAUGUAUCAGGACGAAUUGUUGGUGGUACAGCUACAAAAAUUGAGCGAGUUCCAUGGCAAUUGAGCCUUCGAAUCUAUGGAAAACAUCGAUGUGGUGCGUCAAUUAUAUCGGAAAAUCGUGCACUAAGUGCAGCCCAUUGUUAUCGACCACAAUAUGAAAAUAUAAAAGAUCUGUCUGUAUUGGCUGGAUCAACGUUGCGCUUUGGCGAUGUUGGUAGUUUAAUUAUUGGAUUAGAUAAGUACAUUCAACAUCCAAAUUUUAAUAACUCAACACUACAGAAUGAUAUUGCUGUCAUUUGGCUUCAAAGAAAAUUAACAUUUAGUCCGAAAAUUCGUCCAGUAAAUUUGCCAAGGCAAAACCAGUCGUUGCUUUUUGGAUCUACGGUCUUGAUAUCAGGAUGGGGCUAUCUUGAAGCAGGCAACGCAUUAAGUGUGGCUGAUUUACUACAGUACACAUCAAUCACCGUAUUGGACAAUAAAAUUUGUCAAAUGGCAUAUCAAGAGUGGUUUAGAGAAGGUAUGUUUUGUAGCGGUGUUAAGGACAUGUCAAGAGAUGCUUGUCAAGGAGACAGUGGUGGGCCGCUCACAACAAAUGGCAUUCAAAUUGGCAUCAUUUCAUGGGGUGUCAGUUGCGCAGAUAAAAGAUAUCCAGGAGUUUAUACGAAUGUUGCAUUAUUUCGAAAAUGGAUUGAUAGCGUAUUAUAA